AUGCAAGCCCAAGAGUUCAAAGACGAAAUACUAGCUAUACAUAGAUCUAACGAUUUACCAAAACAAAGUACGCUUAGGUCACUUGAUCCCUUUAUCGAUGCAUCGGGUAUUUUGCGCGUGGGUGGGAGACUUCGCAAUUCCAACGAAACGUACGAUGUCAAAUUUCCCAUACUUUUACCUCAAAGACAUCCAUUGACUAGACUGAUAGUAUUAGAUCAGCAUCACAAACAAUUACACGCAGGGCCACAACUAAUUUUAGCCUCUUUACGACAGCGUUACUGGCCGAUAAACGGAAGACGUGUGGUUCGAAGUAUGUUAGCGAGAUGCGUAACCUGCUUUCGAGUCAAGCCUGGCAGUAUUAAGCAAAAAAUGGCUGAUCUGCCAGAAGACCGAGUAAGGUCUAGUAGACCUUUUCUAGUUUCAGGCGUCGAUUUUGCAGGUCCGUUCAAUCUAAAAGACGGUAAACUACGAAAUCGCGCUAUUAUAAAGAGUUAUAUGUGCUUAUUCGUAUGCUUGUCGACCAAGGCAGUGCAUAUAGAGCUCGCAGGCGAUUUAAGCAGUAGUUCAUUUUUAAAUUGUCUAAAAAGGUUUGUGUCAAGACGAGGUAUAUGUACUCGAAUGUAUUCCGACAAUGCAACUAAUUUUGUUGGGGCGAAUAACGAGCUGAAAAAAGUAGAAAACUUUUUAAAAUCCGUGGGACAAGAUAAAGAAUUUUAUAAAUUUUGUCAGCAAUCCCACAUUGACUGGCGGUAUAUUCCUCCUCGAUCACCUCAUCACGGAGGUCUCUGGGAAUCCGCUAUUAAAUCAGCAAAACAUCAUAUAGCGCGGGUUAUAGGUAAUACAAUUUUAACUUUUGAAGACAUGAGCACCGUGCUUACACAGAUAGAGGCGGUUCUAAAUUCCCGACCCCUAACCCCUCUAUCCUCUAAUCCAAAUGACUUCCUUGCUCUUACGCCUGGUCAUCAGAACUUGGAAGUGGGCACUAUGGUCAUUCUGAGGGAAGAAAACGCCGCACCGCUGAAUUGGAAGCUUGGACGGAUCGUCGAGCUUCACCCAGGACAGGAUGGGUUAGUGCGAGUUGUUAGUGUGCGUACUAGUGCCGGAGUGAUAAAGAGGUCGGUACAAAAGUUAUGCGCUCUUCCAAUCGAGGUCGACCCUUCUAAAACCAUCUCAUAG